AAGAGCGAGCGAGAACGUGUUGAGAGUAGGAAAGAGUACACCCGCUCCCGUGCAUCAAACGAGGAGGGGAACGAACAGAACGGAAAAGGACGCCGGGUGUUGUUUUUCCGUCGCGCGGACACGAGAGACGAGUCGCUCGCAAAUCGGAGGAAGAGUGCGUGACCCCCGCGUGUGUGUGCGCGCUUAAUACUAUCGUCGUCGUCGUCGACACGUCGUUCCACGUUCUUCUGCUAAUAACGUCCACUCUGGUACGUCCGCCCCGUGUACGUCUAAGCGACGUUUUCCACCACGUUGAGCAACCACGAAAACAGGAGAACACAACGGGAAGCAGGAGGAUAAACGCUUUUAAGCGGAGAAGCAGAAGUGAACAGAAAGUGAUCAGGGUUGCGAGGAGGAGCGUCGGCCGCGAGCCGAAGGCUCGUCCUUGUCCUCGAAACUUCGAGCUGUGGUUUAUGUGUGAAGAUCGGAAGAAACGUACCGUACGUAAAACAGCCGGUCAUCAGUGGUGCAGGUCGGUUUAAUCCAGGGACGCAAUCGAACACUUAACGUUGGCGGGGUGCAAAAGGAGAAAAAAGAAGCGGGUGACGAAAGUACGGCGAAGCGGAAGUGAACGCGAUCGUGGCUCGUAGGAAUUCACAGCGCCGCCGGUGCGCAUGUUUCAGCUAAGAGGCUCAGGAGCAGCAACAACAAUCCCGCCCGCUGCAUCAUCAUCUCAAUCCGCCACCAACAUGUUCCCGCAACAAUACUGUCUGCGAUGGAAGUAUCAUCACAGCAACCUGCAAACAAUGUUCUCACAGCUGCUCGAGCGGCAAGCCUACUGCGAUGUCACGCUGGCUUGCGAGGGCAAGACGUUACGAGCACACAAGGUUGUACUGUCGGCGUGUAGCACGUACUUCGACACGAUUCUAUCGCAGUACGAGGAGAAGGACCCCAUCGUCAUCAUGCGUGACGUCAAAUUCUCAGACAUCAAAGUGCUCGUCGAGUUCAUGUACAAGGGAGAGAUCAACAUCGAUCACACGAGGUUAUCGUCGUUGUUGAAAACAGCCGAAGAUCUGCACAUCAAAGGUCUCGCGGAAGUGAGCUGGCGCAGCGAUUCCACGCAAAACGAGUUGAACAACACCAGUCACAGUCCGGCCGUAGCCACCCCCGGCGUCGAGACGGUGUUGCGAGAAGGCGAGAGUGACGAUCCGCCGGUUCCCAAACAUAGACGCAGAGGUCGACCGCCUCUGGACGACACGCCGUCGGCUCACGAUGUCUUUACACCCAAAAUCACAUGCAUCACCGGAAAUACUCGCGACGGCGGGUAUUACACAUACGCGGGGGUACCCACGCACGACUCUAAUGUGUCUCGUCGAACCUUUUCCCAGGAGGAAAUGAUGAGCGAAAGCGGGGAUCACGAGAGUUGGGACGACGAGGUGAUGAUGAACGAGAAUAACGACACUCCACUACCGGUGCUGUCCUAUUUGCCCAAGGAAGAGAGUACGUCUGAUCAGGAAAAGAAAGCGACCUGUAACCCGUCAAAUUCAAAUGCCACAAAUCCGUCGAUCCCAGAACAAUUCCGGGACGUGGUGAAGAUGAACGACUACCUGACGACGGGACGUCGACAGGAAUUCUGGGAGGAGCCGUUCACAAGACGUGUCAUGGACGCCAUCAAGAGCAAAGAACUGGAAAUGAAGACUGCCGCCGAGAUACUCGGCGUCUCCUACGGCACCCUCUACGGCAGAUACCGCGACAGUUAUGGUUGCCUUAAACACCCGUACAGAGUAAGGGAUUUUUGGUCUGAACCGGGCCCAGCUGAAGUACUGGCGAAAUUACGGCGGAAGGAGAUAUCGUUGUUUCGAGCCGCCGAGUUCCUCAAUGUGACCGUCCAUACGCUCGCGACGUACCUGUCGACGCUUCAGGGUCCCGACAGAAUCUCUCUCACCGGCGAUCUGAGUCCAGCGGCCAGCGGUAGUAGCAUCGACGGCAGCAGCAACAACACCGCAACGACGAACGAACCUACCACCACGAACGAAAAUAACGAAUCUGUAAACGACAUUCUGCAGAAGAUCAACACGAACGCGGCGACAUCGGCGACGCUUACACCGACAACGACGCCCAUCAAGCGCGAAGGCGGCGGCUACAUCGAAGUGCCGACAACGGUGCCAAAAGCUGCCACUUCCGUGCUUGAAAAUAAUCCGGACAUCACAAUUGUGAAGGCGGAGACUAUGUGUGUGCGCAAACGCGAAUACGCGAAGAUGUCUAGUACGGAAAACAACAACGCGAAGCUGAUGAGCGGCGGCGCCGUGAGCGAGAUCAGUCAGCAACAGCAACAACAGAAAAGCAGCACCGAUGCGCUCUCAUUAAACAGUGACAGUAGCAAACCCUAACUAUUCAGACCUUAUCUGACACCUACGUCGAACCAUCAUCAUCAUCAUCAUCACCAUCAUCGUCAUAAUCACCAUCUACGCAGUGUAGCGCCCAGCGGCUACAGAUCCGACCUACAGUGUCCGCGAAAUUUCUAUUCCAACGUGUUCACCCGCUUUCUUACGAAUUUUCAUUUGAAGUAGGUAGAAAUACUACGUGCUGCUUCGGGCAUGUCCGAAACAGCAGCCUUAAGGCCCGUCUAUAGAUUGUUAUAUUUGCAAAGACACGAGCGAAUCGGAUAUGAUGCGAUUCGAAAUUCGCGAAAAUCUUGUUGGCAAUGUCUAAUGCUACUAAUAUAUCUUACUGUUCGGGUUGUGUUACACCCGAUACGGAUUUUUUAAUUAGAAUUUAAUUUUUAAAAAGUCUGUGGUAUUUAUAACAAGUCGAAGAGAGAAAAACAAAUGACACUUUUGCAUAUAACGAUUUGAAACGUAGACAGGCUUUUAGACAAUCUUGCGUAUGUAACUCACCGCGGAUGAACGCGGGUCGUCACUGCGAUGACGUGGAGAAGACGAGCUCAAUUUAAAAAAAAAAAAAAAAAUCGUCGCCGCGCAAAGUAUAUACAUCGCGAAUUAUGCCGCAAACCGAUGGAAGGAUCAAGCGUACGUUUCGCUGUGCCUUCGAAGUUCGCGUUUGCGGCGUUCGCGCAAUACUUCGCGCACGCGCGGAAAGAGUAUUAAACUGUUGCGAAAACCAGCUUUCUCGAGGGAUUAAGUAUCACAACAGCGCGAGAGAACUCUUCCACUUUUGUUUUCUUUCUUUUUGUUUUUUACUUCAAAAAAAAAAAAAAAAAAUCAGUUUGCUUUGAGCCACACAUUGGCAUUGGCGCGCGCGAUGCGUUCGCGCAUCUUGGCCUUCGCGAAGAAAAAGAAACAAAGAAGAAGCAAAGAAAAACAAAAGAGAAAACAACAAACGCGUAUAAUAAAAAAGUUCAAUCGAAGUUCCUUUUGAAUAACGAUGAGAUAGAGUGUAUUAUCGCAACACACAAAAAAUGCCUAGACUAUUUUCUGCCGCAUGUGUCUGUAUAGCACGUAAAGAGCGACAAUAUAUUCACCACAAGUAGAUUCCAUCAUAGAUAGGAUACACACACACCGCAAAGAGAUAGAGAGGAAGAGAGAGAGAGAAAGAAAGUUGCGCUCGACUUUUAAUACUGUCUGUCAGAUCACGGUUCGAAAUUCAUUUCUAUUCAAAUCCAAUGUUUUAUUUGAAUUUACACAUUUGUGUAAAUACACUUGUGAUUUUUUUUUAUUUUUUUGUUUUUUAUUUUUUUUUUUCAUUUUUUUAAUUUUUUUAAAUUUUUUUUUGUCACUCAAGGUCAUUUUUAAUUAGCGAAGGCUUUGAGAUCAUUCUAAAAAAAAAAAAAGAGUUACCUAACGUGGACGAUAAUGACAAGACUGACCGCCGAGUGUGAAAACGAUGUAACAAAAACAACCCAUAAUCAUAAGUGUUUCAUCAUUGGGAUUCGAUCGUGAUCUGACCGGAAAAUGUGAACCGAGCUUUCGAACGGAGAAUAACGAUCCUUUUUUCAAUAUAGAUAUUUCUCACGCAAUCGUAAGAGGAUCGUGGUAAGAACGUGUUUUAGUUGUAGUGUUUCGUACACACGAACAUGAGAAUUAAAAUCAUAAAACAUGUACUAUUGGAAAGAGCAUCUAUUCGUCACGCAACAACGUAAUGGACGCAACACGGAAAAAAAAGGAAGUGUGAGAAAACUGAAAAAAUUCCUCCCAUAAAACGAUGACUGUAAAUAAUAUUCUCACAAUAGUUUGUAUUUUAAAAAGUAUUCAGAAGGCGAGAGAGCGAAAGAAAGAAAGAGAGAGUAUUUCGUCAGACUGCAUGUAUCCAAUAGUAAAUCGUUUAUGAUUCAGAAACGUACUUUUGCGAUAUAUGGAAGCCUUAACUUAGAACGUCAGAGUCGUCUAUCCGAUUACGUUAUCAAGUUGCCGACGAAAUUCAGUUCUCUUUUCAUUCUUACAUUGAAUCUAUGUUAUAUUUUUAUUAUUUUUCAUUGUUAAUAUAUUAAGUUCUUUUCCAUUUAAACGAAAUUAAUUUACGAAUUGUUUUUAUAUUUAUGUGUUAUCGGAUUUUUUGACGGACGUCGUUUCGAAGAACGGCCGAAAUUGAUUGUAGCAAAAAUUCAGUCUAGAAUACUGCGUUAUAAAUGUUGAAAAUUCUUGCGACGACUAUCUCGUGAAAAUUGAUUUUAUUUUUGUUGCUCUUUUAACGCUGCACAACACGCGUAGUAUGUACUAUAUAAUAAACGUUUUAGUAUCGAUGUGUUUAUUAUGUACGUAGACUUUUUUUUUACGGAAGAUUACUUUUACUAGUUUUUAUUUGAGUCGUGAAUGUACAUUUAUAUAGAUAUUAAGAGCGAUUUAUAUAUAUAUAUAUAUAUUUUAAAAGCGAAAAAAAAACAUAAACGUCCACGGUGUAAAUAUCGGUGCAAUAUAUAAAAUCCUUUAAUAUUAUUUGGCACGAAAGAUCAGAACUAUUUUAAAGAAGAAACGCUUAACGUGCAAUCACAUUUGAAUUCGUAUUGUAAAAAAAAAAUAAAAUAAAAUAAACACCAUGGGAAACGAUACGGACGAUAGAAAUAAAUACUGUUACACGCGUUUCCUCCUAUUUAUGUAACUCGCGAUCCUUCCUUAGUUUAAUUUUGUCUCAUAAGCUUGUACACAGGCGCGGUAUUUAAGUUAAACAAAUGGAAAGAACACGAUACACACACGUACACACACCGCGCUUUAUGUAAAUAUAUAUUCAUAUACAUAUAUAUAUAUAUAUACAAUAACCGUACUCUCAACAUGAGACACUGACUGGAAAUAAGUAUUCCUGCUCGCAAAGGUAAAACUAGAUAAAGUUAAUAGCAUAGUAGAUGUAUCUCCGAUGAUAUUUUUCGAUGAUAUAAGACUUUCAUUGCAGUUUGCUUUGACGAGAAAAGAAGAUUUGAUAUAUGGGAGGGUACUUGUAAAGUAAUCUGAAACACAAGAGCGGAAUGAGACCUGCGCGGAGGAGAGAUCACUUGGAAAACAGAGCCGGCGCGAUUUUGCGCGCCGACGCUUUAACGUUCACACGCCCGCUUUUCUCACUUGUCUCCGUUUUUAAGUUCUUCAUGUGAAUCACUUCAAAUAUUGUCAUUCCGAAGUGUCAACUGCUUAUUAGGAAUAAAAAAAAAAAUAAAAAAAAAAAAAUUAAAAACUAAAAAAAUUUGAGAUCACGAGAGACGAGCGUGAAGAAGAGAACGACGGGCGUGAAAGCGUCAAAGCCGGUCCAGAAGCAAAAUCGCUCCGGAAGAAGCGCGACAACGCUUCUUUCGUCGUCGAAAACUUCAAUAUGCCGAGCAGGUAGAAACAAAAAAAAA